AUGGCUUCGUCUACAGUUUCCCUCCGCUUUCGUUCUUUACCUUCCUCCACAAUCACAUUUCGUAAGUUCUUUGAGGCCACACCCUCGUCUCCAGUUGUCACAGAACUUUCCCUUUCAUUGGAUUCGGAGUUGGAUGAUGAUUUGUCAACCGGUGUUGAUGAACUACCGGAGCAGCAUUUCUCCCCUGAAUUUAAACUCUUCGUGUGUAGUUUUCCGUUUAGUGUUGAUAACCAGCUCUUGCUCGGUUGUUUGAACGCUCUGGAAAUGUGGAGGUCGCCGAGGAUAUUAAUGGUAGAAAUAUCAGAUUUAGUGUCGCUAUACCUCCGCAAAGGCAACAACUUUCAACAGUCUUGUGUAUAAACUGUAAAGUGUCAAAAUUUGUGUGUGUUUUGAGGCUGAGUACCAUUUCAUGAAGUAGAUAAAUUAGAUUGGGGUGUUCAUGGUGAAUGGUGUACAUGUAUAACAAUUUGGUUUGUGAUUCCACCAACUGUUUGAUAAAAUGCCUGACAGGACCCUGUUUCAAACCAUCUGGUUUGUGAUAAAUGCUCGUGAGUCUCAACAUGUAUAAAGGCGAUUAAACUGUUCGAGAAAAUGCUUGAGAGAAACUGUCUCAUUGACAAUUGAGUUUGGUAAACCUCCAACAGUUCCCUGAAAACAGUCUUCAAACCAUCAUAUUCAUAUGUUUGAACCUAAAGCACGAGUCUCAGUCUGUAUAAAGGCAAUCAAACAAAGUGUUUGACAAAAUGC